UAGAGCGACAGAAAAAAAGAAAAAAGAAAGAAAGAACUUUCCUGGUAAUGACGGUUUACCUUUUAUUCCGGGAAUGCAUUACAGUUGAGUUGAUAAUAAAGUCUUGCAUGUAAAUUACACAAAAAAAAAAAAAAAAAGCAUUCUUGCCAUUAUGAUCAAUUUAUUAUUAUUUCAUUCCUCGUGAAUAAUUAUAUCAUCACAUUAAUGCUGAUGUCCUGCUAGCGUUUAUCUAGCUACCACCAAUUCCCAAUAGUACCAUGAAAAUAACUGGUAUAGCAAGGUGAAGAUAACCAUGGCUUGUAAGCAAGAAUAGUGUUGGGUGCAUGUAACAAGAGUUUCUAUUUUUUCUUGUUUUGGUGAAAGAAGAUUAAGAAGAAGGAGGAGGAGGAGGAGGAGGAGGAGGAGGAAGCAGAUAGCAUGGCGGAGAGUAUAGUGUCGUUUGUUGAGGAAAGGCUUGGCGACCUUAUAAUUAGAGAAGCAACACUUAUAGAAGGGGCGAGAGAGCAAAUCAAGAAGAUGCAAAUCGAAUUAAGGCGCAUGAAGUGCUUCUUAGAAGACGCAGACAAAAGGCAAAACGAAGAUGAGAGUGUUCAAAAUUGGGUUUCAGAGAUUCGGGAUGCUGCUUACGAUGCUCAGGAUGCAAUAGAAGCUUUCACCCUUGAUGAAAUGCUGUCCAAGAAGAGAGAAAAUGUGUUCAAGAGGUCGUUUGCUUUUCUCAAAGAACCCAUCAAACUUCACAAAGUGGGGUCCGAGAUUGAAGCCAUUAAAGCCAGAAUCGCGGAGCUCUCCCAAAGCUUACAAACUUAUGGUGUGAAUGCUGCGAGAGAAGAAGGCUCCACCUCAGCGAACCUGCACAGGCAAAGGCAAAAGCAAUUGAGAUGGUCUUAUUCCCACAAUCUGGAAGAGUAUAUUGUGGGGUUGGACGAAAACAUAAAACAAGUAGUUUCAGAGCUGGUGAAGGAAAAAAGUGGCAGUAUAUCUGCGUCCAUAUGCGGGAUGGGUGGUCUAGGCAAGACCACUCUUGCCAAGAAAGUGUUUCACCACAGUAGCGUUAGGCGGCAUUUUGAAGGUUUUGCUUGGGCUUAUGUGUCUCAAGAUUGCAAAAGAAAAGAUGUUUGGGAAGGAAUUUUGCUAAGUAUUUCCUCGCCAUCGAAAGACGAGAGGGAUCAGAUAAUGAAAAUGAGAGAGGACGAGCUGCCAAAGAAGCUUAAUCAAGUUCUGGAAGAGAAAAGGUGUUUGGUCGUGCUGGACGAUAUUUGGGACGCCGAGGCAUGGGAUAUUCUUUCUCCUGCCUUCCCAAAAGCAAUGAGGAGCAGCAAAAUGUUACUAACAACUCGGAACAGAGAUGUAGCAUUGCAUGUUGAUCCAAAAGGAUUUCUACAUGAACCGCGCUGUUUAAAUGAAGAAGACAGUUGGGACUUGUUUCAGAAGAAGGCAUUUUCAAGAAGACAUCCAGACCCCAGAACUUGCGAAGAGAUGGAGAAGUUAGGGAGGGACAUGGUGGCGAGGUGUGGUGGUUUACCGUUGGCUAUCAACGUGCUUGGAGGACUUUUGGCAACCAAAGAAACACUGAGUGAGUGGCAUACGGUGCACAGAAGUAAUAUAAAAUCGUAUUUAAGGAGAGGCGCCGCCCAAGGACAACAAUCAACCGUUCACGAUGUAUUGGCUUUGAGCUACCAUGAAUUGCCUCACCAAUUGAAACCCUGUUUCCUCUAUCUCUGCCAGUUUCCAGAGGACUACGAAAUCCCAAAAAAGAAAUUGAUUCGAUUGUGGGUGGCGGAAGGCUUUGUGUCGCCCAGAUACGAGCAUGAGGGAGAGACGUUGGAAGAUGUUGCAGAACACUACUUGGCUGAUUUGGUAAAUAGAUGCAUGGCUCAAGUGGGUGUGAUUGGGGCAAGUGGGAGGAUCAAAUCCUGCCGCCUCCACGAUCUUAUGCGCGACCUCUGCUUGUCAAAGGCAAAACAGGAGAAUUUUCUCCACAUUGUAACUCAUUCUGAUCACGCAGCUGCCAAUCCUUUGACGUCAUCAACUGGUAAAAUCCGAAGACUAGCCAUAUUUUCUGACCCUGAUUUUUUCCCAGAAAAUUACAAAGAUCAUCCUCAGAUCAGGUCCCUUUUAUACUUCAUUAAAGAUAACAGCUCAAUCAAUUCUGUGCCCAAGUGCUUCAAAUUGCUUAGAGUUUUGGAUCUGGAAGGAAGCAAGAUGGCGCCGGAAGGGGAGUUACCUGAGAAAAUAGGAACACUGAUUCAUUUGAGGUUCUUGAGCUUAAAGAAAACUGGUAUCCGGGAGUUCCCUCCUUCCAUAGGCAAUUUGCUGUGCUUGGAGACCCUGAAUCUGGAAACCAUUGACGAAUUUAGCUGGGAAUCGACUGUAGUAAUCCCGACUGUGAUAUGGACGAUGGAGCAGUUGAGACAUUUGUAUCUUCCCAAGUGGUGUGACUAUUCAACUGAUGAUAAUAAGCUGUCACUCACAAAUCUGACCAACUUGCUGACACUUGUAAACUUUCCUGCAAACAAAUGUGAAGUGAGCGAUCUUCUAAGUUUGACCAGUCUUAGAAAAUUGGUGCUAAAUGAGCCACGGCACUUCCAAGAGUUCGGGGAAAUCUUCAAUCGCCCCAACGGUAAAUAUUUAAACAGCCUUCGGUCCUUGUCGAUGAAGACUGAAUUGCUUUCAUUCCCUGACAUCGUAGUAAAUGUACCGCAAGUCGUACGAGGUUGUCCUCUUCUUAGCAAGCUACACGUGGAAGGGCGGAUACAGAAGCUGCCGGAUUACAACCAUCCAUACCUCAUCAAGUUGAGUUUGUGGGGAUCGAAACUUGUGGAAGACCCGAUGCCUAUUCUGGAGAAGCUGCCGAUUUUGAGAUACCUGAACGGAUGGGAUGCUUUCGCGGGGAAGAAAAUGGUUUGCUCGAAAGAUGGUUUUCCUAAACUGAAAACAUUAGUCUUGCGGGGGUUUCCUAGUUUAGAGGAGUGGACGGUGGAGGAAGGUGCCAUGCCCUGUCUUUUCCGUUUGGAGAUUUUACAAUGCAGCAAGUUGAAGUCGGUUCCAGAUGGACUGAGGUUUGUGAGGGCCCUCCAGGAACUGGAGUUUCGAUGGAUGCCAAUAGCAUUCAAACAUAGACUUGAAAAAAAAGGAGAGGAUUUCAGCCAAGUCCAGCACGUGCCUUCCAUUGUUUUUCUCUGAAUUGAGAAUUUGGAGUACUAAUUAAGGUUGAUCAUCAGCUGAAAAGGACUUGAGGAUCGUUGAAUUGAUGCUAGCUGUCAUGGUCUACAUCAUUGGAAGGAAAGAAACUCUAGACUUUUUUGCUGGAAAUGUAGAGAUUUGGCUAUUUGUUUGUAUGGACAUUGUUCUGCUUAAUUGUUAGGCUUCGGAGAGAUCAACUCCCUCUCCUAUGAGUCUAAUUAUGCCAAUAGAAGGUUGGGCAGGAUCGAUGGUUCUGAUGAUGUUUUCCAACUCAAAUACUCCUGCUUUUAUAUAUGUUUGUUUGUGCU